UACAACGACGCUCGGGCCAAGGCCGAGGCCGCCGCGCUGGAGUCCCUGGCGGGCGGGGCCGAGGCCCUGGCCUCGCGGGCGGUGAACUGGAAGGGGGCGCUGGCGCUGCCCCCGAAGCUGCGCUGGCUGCUGGACCACGAGCCGGGGGCGGUGGCGCAGGCCGCGCAGAUGCUGCUGGGCGCCCACGACUUCGUGGCCCUGCGGCUGUGCGGCGCGCGCGCCACCGACGCGGUCACCGCCUCCACCACCGGGCUGCUGGGGCCCGACGGCGGCUACUGCCUCGAGCUGCUCCGGGCGCUGCUGCCAGUCAUUUGCCAGUGGACCUCGAGGCUCUGCUGCCUGCCAUCGUCCGCUCCGACGCGAUCGUCGGGCACGUGUCGCCCGCUGCCGCCAAGGCGCUGGGCCUGCCUGCCCUGUCCGGCGUGCCGGUGUUCCACGGCUGCGGGGACGCCGGCUCGACGACCUGCGGCGUGGGCGCCGGGGUGCCUGGCGCGCCCUACGCCUACAUGGGCACCUCCGGCUGGGUCGCCGUGA